AUGGGCUUGACACCACCGCAACCACCUCCGGAAUGGAACCACACCGCUGAAGAUAUCACCAGGCUCGUCAAGGAGGCGAUUGAGAAGGAUAGGGCCGUCAUGGACAAGGUCGGGGCUCUCGACCCCAAGGACUGCAACUUUGAAUCGGUCUUCCUUGCCCUCACAGAAUCAGACACCCUCUUGGACUCGGUCGUGCAACCCUUGGCCUUCUACCAGAAUGUAUCGCCCAGCAAGGAGUUGCGCGACGCAUCCAACGAAGCUGAAUCUCUCGUUCGGGACUUUGGCGUUGAAUCGUCCAUGCGAUUGGACGUCUACAAUGCAAAGGUCGCUGCCGAGAAGAACCUCAAGGAAUCCGGUGAAUGGGACAAGCUCUCUCCGGAAGACCAGCGAUUGGUCGAGAAGAUGGUCUUGGAUGGAACCCGCGCUGGUUUGGCUCUUCCUGAGGAGAAACGCGACGAGUUGAAGAAACUGAAGAAGGAGCUGUCGCAGACUUGCCUCGAGUUCAGCAAAAACUUCAAUGAAGAGAACAGCGUUAUCACUUUCACCGAGGAGGAACUCAAGGGCGUCCCCAAAGAUGUCAUUUCCGGUUACACCAAGCGAACGGAAGGCGAUACCACCGUCUAUGAUGUUACCUACAAGACUCCUGACAUCUUCCCGAUCUUCAAAUUCGCCGAGAACCCCGAGACUCGUCGACGAGCACAAGAAGGCCAUGAAAGCCGUCUGCAAAUCAAUGUCCCCCUGCUCGACAAAGUUCUCGACCUCCGACGACAAAUCGCCUCCCUUCUUGGCUACAAGACAUGGGCCGAUUACAUCACCGAGGUCAAGAUGAUCAAGUCUGGCAAGGGUGUCCAGGACUUCCUCGACGAUUUGGAAAGCAAACUCCGCCCAGUCGGCGAGAAGGAGAAGGCCAUCCUCCUCGAGCUGAAGAAGAAGGACCAUGAGGAGAGAGGCCUCCCCUUUGACGGCAACUUCUACCUCUGGGACUACAGGUAUUAUGACCGCAAGUACAUCGAGCAAACACUGGAUUUGGACGACAUGGUCGUCAAGGAAUACUUCCCUGUCUCCGUCGUGGUUCCGACCAUCCUCAACAUCUACCAAAGCCUCCUUGGUGUACGGUUCGAGGAGAUCAAGGGUUCGACCUGGCACCCCGAUGUUCAGCAAUUCGCCGUCUGGGAGAAGGACGCCAAGGACGAGUCGGGCUUCAUUGGCUACUGCUACCUCGAUCUCUUCCCUCGACCUUCCAAGUACUCUCACGCUGCGGUUUGGCCCUUGCUAUCGGGAUACCAGAAGCGGGAUGGCUCUCGCAGCUACCCGCUUGCCGCCAUGGUAGCCAACCUGGCCAAACCCACCCCAGACAAGCCCGCUCUCAUGCGACAUGACGAUGUGGUCACUUUCUUCCACGAGAUGGGCCACGUCUUCCAUGGACUGCUUAGCCGCACCAAGUUCGCUCGCUUCCACGGUACCAGCGUUGCGCGCGACUUUGUCGAAGCGCCUUCCCAGAUGUUGGAGAACUGGUGCUGGGAACCCAAGGUGCUCCAACAGAUGUCGAGCCAUUACGAGACCCAGAAGCCGCUCUCACCUGAGCUCAUCGAUAAAAUCAUCAAGAGCCGAUACGUCAACGUUGGCCUGUUCUACCUCCGCCAGAUCUUCUUCGCCAAGUUCGAUCUGAAGGUUCACACUGACCAAGAGAAGGAGGAUUACACCAACCUUUGGUCCUCGCUCAGGGAAAAGGUUUCGCUCGUCAAGUCUGGCAAGCCUUGCCCCGGACAAGGCACCUUUGGUCAUAUCACUGGUGGCUACGAUGCCGGCUACUACGGAUACACCUACUCAUUGGUCUUCGCCGCCGAUAUGUAUGCUACUGUGUUCAAGGCCGAUCCUCUCGACCCUGCCCGCGGUAAGCAAUACCGCGACAAGAUCCUGCGAUGGGGUGGAAGCCGUGAAGAGCUUGAUUCACUCAAGGACUUCCUGGGAAGAGAGCCGAACAGCAAUGCCUUCCUCGAAGAAGUCUUCGGCACGGUCCCUCAAGCUUCUUCGCAUCUCUAG